AUCAUUUCCAUUCGUAUUUUUAUAUCGGGUGUAAUCAUCUGAAACCAUGGAAUAAAACUACGUGGUUGAAGGCUUAGUCAAUUUGAUAAUUAUAAAUCAACCUCGAAUCUUGUUCAUUAGUGAUGAUUAUAAUGGAAAGAAAUGUACUUCGAUAGAACGAUGGAAUCAUUUAGCUUGCCGAAAUUCUGCAAUAGAAGCUGUUCGAAUGAAACUGUAUCAGAGAGUGAUGACCAUCAAGGAGCUACCAUAAUAUCUCCCAUAUUGAUGUCUUUAGCGGGCUUGUUGGGAAAUAUUCUUGCUUUAUAUGUGUUGCAUAAAAACAAAAGUCAAAGUGUAUUUUAUACGUUAGUUGCUGGUCUUGCUUGGACGGAUUUGACUGGAAUUAUUUUUACAUCACCCGUACCGGUAGUAGAGUAUGUAAAUAAUAGGCAAUGGGUCGGGGGAGAAAUGUUGUGUAAAUUCAACGGCUUUUGUAUGGUUUGCUUCGGAAUUUCAACACCUUUAAUUGUAUGUGCAAUGGCGAUAGAAAGAUUGUUUGCAGUUAGAUUUCCAUUCUUUCAUAACCAAUACUGUCGUAAAAAGUUUGGAAGAAUUGUUUUGAUCACAAUAUGGAUCGCUGUAUUUGUCAUUGGAAUAUUUCCCUUGCUGGGUUUUGGACGUUAUGUUAUUCAAUAUCCAUGUACUUGGUGUUUUUUAGAUUUCCAUAGUCACGAUCCAGUGAGUUCUGCAUAUGGAUAUUUAUAUUCUUCCGUUAAUUUAACCGUAAUUAUUGUGAUGUCAACAUGUAAUAUAUACGUCAUGUUUAUAUUGUUACGUGUUAGAUAUUUAAAGAAAGUGACACUCAAAGAGCAAGGCAAUCUAGAACCAAUUUUUCAUGAAAAUGCAAAAGCCAGAAAGAAAUUUCGAAAACAAAAAGAUAUAGAAAAACAAAUGAUUGUUCUGAUGUGCGUAAUAACAACAGUAUUUGCUAUUUGUUGGGCGCCGCUAAUGGUUCAGAUAAUAAUCACAAUGGUCACAGGAAAAUCCAAUUUUUUGAUAGAUCUGACAACGGUGAGACUAGCGAGUCUAAAUCAAACUUUAGACCCAUGGUUAUAUAUUCUACUAAGGAAAUCUUUCAUUAGGAAACUGUGUAGCUACAUUAGAAGGUGUUGCUCGAUCACGUCUCCAAGGGGAAGUAAUCAUGAUGAUGAUAAAAAUAACCACGCGAAUCAUUUGCGAUGUUUUAGAAAACAAUGUCAUGUUGCUAAUCCACAAUAUCAAUAUCAUGUCCAAAUCCACAUUCCACAAGCAGCGCAAUGUGUGGUCCACUAUAAGCGGAGCUCAACGAAAUCUAAAUCAGAUGACAGUAAGAAACAACAGCAAUUAUCUUUUGACCUACCUGACAUUGCUCAAGGUCAAUCUCUGAAAGAGGCUCAGCCAGAUGUGACAGAUGUCAAAUCGACAGAUCCAUGUAAACAGUGUGGGACCAUUCAUAGUAACUCAAAAUCAUCUUCCGGUAACAAAGGUGGUUAUCUCAGUGUAGCUUUUAUACCACACUCUUGUCAUUCUAAAGAAACUGCUGAAGAAUGUAAACCAUUCGAUGAAUGUACCUCAGCAGUCGAAAUGACAAAAUCACAUGAUUCUCUUUCCGAUGACAAUCAUUUAGAAUCAGACGUAUUCAUCACUAAGUCUACAGAAUUAUCAGCAGAUUUAUUAUCACCACAACAAAAUGCUAGGCAAAAGUUGCUUUCAGACUUAACACCAAGACCGAGUACCAACAGAUUUUCUCUACGCAAGAAAAGGGCCAAGUCCUACACGUAGAAAAGGAAAGAUGUGACGUGCUUUACUUGUUGUUAUUUUUCUCUUUUAAUAUUUUCAAAUAAAAAAAUCGUACCAAAAUACAACUAGUAUUAGAAAUCAAC